GGAGGAGAACGGAACACGAGAGAUCGGCAGCACAGUUUCGUGUUCAACUUAGCUCGGUUCGGCUCUCAGCUUCGUGGUAUCGGAAGCCCCCAAGUACUCGAAAAGGUCGAGGUUCUCGGUACGCACUCCCUCGAACGGUUCCGCGCACUUUGCCUCGCCAAACAGAGAAACCGGAGAUAUUGCGAUUUCUCUCUUCCUUUCUCCCCGUCCUCUCGCGAGAGACGCGAGGUUCUUAGUCGCCCGAGCGGCGACUAGAAUACCUGUUGCUCUCUCUUGUGUGCUCGCGCGAGGAAACCGGCGGCUCGUUGGUGCGCAGUUUGCGAGCGAAACAGCGACGACGAAGGUGACGUGUACACCGAGGAAUCAUGGGGACGAUAUGGCGGCUGUUCGCGAUGACACUCCUGUUAAUGAUGCAUUCCGCUCUGCUCAGUGCUCAUCGUGAACACAAGGUCCACAACAUCGUGCUGUAUCCUGAUAAGCACAGCUGGUGCAAGACAACGCCUAUAAAGCAAGUGGUGACAUGGCCUCAGUGUUCUUCGCAGGAAUUGGACAAUAACGUAUGCGUCGGCGCUUGUUUCUCAUACAUGGUUCCUCACAGCGAACCCUCCGCACCCGGUGAUCUUAUAAGACCUUAUUGCGACUCCUGUCAACCACUGGAUAGCGUUUGGCAUACCGUUACACUAGAUUGCAAGGACGAGCAGAAUAAUCCAGUGACCAUGCAAAAGAAGGUGCAGAUCAUCACAAACUGUUCCUGCAGUUCCUGUAUGGAGACCUCGAAGAUCAAGCCGGAUUACAACACCUUGCUGCAGUCUCUGACGGAAGAGAACUUGGACAAGAAUGUGAACGUGGCGCACGAGACACCCGAUUUAUUGCUGGAUCCGAACUUGAAAGCCUCGAAGAACACGACGAGAGACGGAACGCAAACCAGCGAACGGUUACUCCAGCUCGUUCAGAAAUUGAAAGACUCGCAGAAAGGACUGGACGAAUCACGUGUGAAGGAAUUGUUCUCUAAAUCCGAGGGGGCGGUCGGUUUGGAGAAACUGAAGGAGGUGUUAGAGACCAAGUACGAUCAAGAGAUUGAGGAAGGCCAGCAUGAGCAUCAUCAUCAGCACCAGCACGAGCAUCAGCAUCAGCAUCAACAGCAACAACAGCAGCACCUCCAUCGCGGACCGCAUCACUCCCUGGUACUGGACUCGGAUGUGAAGGAAAAGAUCGAUGUGGAACCGCAUUACUUGCAUCCCGCCGUCGCUGGACAGGAGAUCAGUUACCACGACAACAUCCUGGUGGGUAAGGAGAAGAAGAAGGAUUUCUAGGCCCAUCGAAGCGGAAUUCGUCAUUGCACGAGUGUCGCCUUCGUUCGCCACGCUCGCAAAAAUUUGCAGUAGUCGGUUGAGAUUUAUAGAUACAUUGAUAAGCGAACGAUUGGGAUACCUAGUCUGCUAUCUGAUUUUAAUUCUACGUAUUUAUUUACGUGGCGAUAAUUGGAUCGUGAGAUAUUAAUUGUUGAUAUAUUUAUUGAUAAUUAUUUUUACAAAAUUACAUGAUAAUGAUUUUGUACAUUUUUAUACUUGUUUGAGCAAGAGGAGAUAGAAAUCUCCUUUAUAUUUCAUAUUUUAUAGCUUAUCGUACAAAAAAAUGGCAUGUGAAUUAUUAUAAAAAUAAAUGUAAACCCAAUGUUUCGAAAUUAAUUCUAUCGAUAUUGAAGGUGAAAAAAUAAUCACAGGAGCGUGCGUGAGAAAGUGGAAAGAUUGGAAUGGGAGAAAAUUCUAAUAUAUAUUUAAUUGUUAUUAUGUUAAUUAAUUAUUUAAAUAGCUGCAUAACAAUCGGGACGUUUACUCGACUUUAAGCAUACGGAGUGACGCUUUAGUGAGAUAUAUAUCCCGAUAAAAAUAUAUAAAUGAUACUCUCGAGUCUGAAUGUCUCGAUAUGACAUCGACCUCUACGACAUAUGCAUUGUAUUAUUCUCUUUAGAGAAUAAAGACCAUCAUGGUCAACAUUCACGCCUUCUCAAUGAGA